AUGGCGUCAAAGGUAUUUUUUCCCGAUGGGUUGAUUGUGGAUAUCAGUGGUCAAGCGCCUUCUCCGAGUAAAGAUUUCUGUCAAGUUCAAGUAACGCAAGAUGCGGUGAUAUUUCGCUGGUGGAAAAUCUUGCCACCUACAAGAAAUGACAGUAAUGUCCCACCGAUUGAAUAUAAAGACACAUAUGAAGACUUCAUAUAUGAUGACCGCAUGCACUCUGAGAUUGAGCGAGUGUUCGGGGCACCCACAUUGGAGUACCUGAAAGCGGUGGUUAACGGGCACCCUGACUACAUCACUCGUCUUUCUCCAGAUAUUCUCAAACGAAUCAUUCUUAAGCUGGAGUUAGAAGACAUCAACAGACUGGGCCAAACCAACAAGCUCUUUAGAGAGCUGUGUAAAAGUGAUGGUGUAUGGGAGCAGAUAUACAGGCUGUACAGCGAGACACCAGUGACCAAAGACCUGCAGAACCUGGCUGCAGAAGAGGGAUGGAAACAGUUGUUCUUCACAAAUAAACUUCAGUUACAGCGUCGAAUUCGAAAGCAGAUGAGAAAACAAAAUGAAGGGAAUAAUGGAACGACUGAAGGGCGCUUGGCAUUCCUUACAGAGUGAAGAUGUUCUGAAGAGCUGAAAACCAAGCCAAACUUAUAUGUACUGUCAAGUGUGCCUCGUACUAACACUCACCACCCUCACCCACAGGGAGUUGACCUGCCUUAACACUAACCUCAGUACCUGCACGGGACAAAAAGCAUCAAACAGGGCAUCAUGUUUUGUUGCGAACAUGCAUUCACAGCCUUUUUGUUGUUUGGUAAUACGUGUAAGGUGAUGUUGUUCAUAGAUUUAAGUCACUGUGCACUGUUUUGUUAUACAAGACUGUCAUGAAAGUUAUGGAAAGUUAGUCACUCAGAUUCAAAUAUGGUGGCCAGCCCUGUAUGGGCCUACUGCAUUGUCAUUAACUGGAUUGAAAGUAAGACCAUUGUUACAAAAUUCUUUGUUGGACAGCAGCCAAAAAAAAAAGGAAAAAAAUUGAUUCUGGUUAAUGAAACUGAGAGGGAUUUUAAAGAAUCUAACAUUAAAAGAAAAAGUAAUAAAAAAACAAAAUCUGUCGGAAUCUCAAUAAUAACUUUGCAGUAAGGCCCCUUCUGGAUGGUCAGUCAACAAACAUAUUUACUUCAGACCUAGUUUAUAGCAGCAACUCAGGACAUGAAGUGGAUACUUCAUCUUUAAGUGCGAUUGCACAUCAUUGUUGGCUGAGUUACAUUUCACUCUGUAACUGCCCUGGAAAUCCAUGGGAAUGGUUGAUUUCUUAGAUGCAGAAAUUAAAUUCUGUUCAUGCCAAAGGCCUGAUUUAAUGUCUCUUACCCUUGUAUCAAGCAUUGCUAAUGUGAUGCAGUCUUUUUCUCAGUAGGUAUUGCAAUUUCGUGUUAGUACAUUUCAUGCAGCUAAGCCAAAUAGUAAUGUUGAGUGCGCAUGUCACAUUUGGAAUAAAUGAAAGCAAACGGUGUCCCUAUCUUACAACAUUUUAACCCCUCUUCAGUCCCAAACAGUUCAGCAGAUUUUUUGUAACGUUACUUGAAUCUUUGUGACACCUGUUUCACAGCCUAGUUACGAGGAAAAAGCAGAAAAACACACACAUAAAAUUAUGGGUUACAGGGCAGAAUUCUUAGGGUAUGGGCAAAUACAAGGACGUUUUUAUAGCCCUUUAAGGUGCCCAAAUUACAGCAUACCCAAAAAGAUGGGAAAUAUGCAUGAUAAAUUUAGCUUAACUGCUCUCAUGUAAGCUGAAUGUACAAAAAUGAAUAAGUAAUACUCACAAUAAUAAUUUUUAUAUAAGACAUUAAGUUAAGGUUUUAUAAUAUUUAAAAAUAUUUUGGUUCAAAUUAGCCUACUAAUAGGGUGCCCCAAUUGAAAGGCUUUGUUUUGGCCCUGUGAGUUGUCGCCAAAGUCUGCCUUAUCAUUUGUUUCUGCCCUGUGUCACCCAUUCUCAUGCUCACUCAAAACAGCAUGUGCACUAAUGGGCACUCAAAACUGCGUGGGUACUGAUGGGCAUUCAAAACUGCAUGAGUGCUGAUGGGCACUCAAAACUGCAUGUGUACUAAUGGGCACUCAAAACUGCAUGGAUACUGAUUAGCACUCAAAACCGCAGGGAUACUGAUGGGAACUCAGAACCGCUAUCUGGCAAAUUGUCAAUACUUCAUAUAGGCCUGUAAUGUCUAAUACUUCAUAUAGGCCUAUAAUGUCUAAUACUUCAUAUAGGCCUAUAAUGUCUAAUACUUCAUAUAGGCCUAUAAUGUCUAAUACUUCAUAUAGGCCUAUAAUGUCUAAUACUUCAUAUAGGCCUAUAAUGUCUAUAUGUACAGAGACUCAUUUGGAUUUAAAUAACUGGUCGUUAUGACCAAAACAUUUGAGACCUACUUAUAUUGUCUCCUCUGAGCAUGGCUCUUUGUUCCGGCGUUAGGUAUUACUGUUAAUACGGUGUGUGUGUGCGUGUUUGUUUUUUUGUUUAAAACUGCUUAUUUUUAUAGAAUACAUGCAUGUAUAAUUUUUCCUGUUGAUGAGCAGUUAUGCAAAGAAUGUGCUAAAAUGACAGUUCUAAAAUUUGAAAACUGAGUACUUCAGUUAAAUAUACAUCUAUUUAAUAACAUAGUCUAACAGAUGUUAUUUUUGCUAAAUCUGUGUUGUAUGUUAGAAUAUAAUAUUUUUAUACUAACUGUAUUAGUAGAAUUAUUGAUUUAUGCUGAUAUUUUUAAUUGCAACAUGGCAACAUGUGGUGUUUAUGAGAAGCUCUCCCACACAAACUGCUGAAGUUAUAAGGUGCCCCAAACUAAAGGUAGCUAUAUUAUUCAUUCAUUGUGAUGUUGAUAUCUGUGAUUGUUAAUUUCCUAUGUAUAAAUGUUAGAAUAUGUGUAUUGCAUUUAAGGAAUUAUUUCUAUCAGAUAUUUUACAGAAAGACAUCUGGGUUUUCAAGAGAUUACGCCCUACUUUGAAAUCGGGGUAUCUUUGCAUUUUUUCUCCUAUAUCCUUUUGCGUUGUGUAAAGUUCUCAUUGUUUGUGGGAACAAUAAGUGGUCAGCUAACAUGCUUAUUGGGCAGUCUUACAUUCCAUAAAAGCCAUUUGUCUUCCACCAGUAUGGUGUGCAAGUUUGUAUGUCAAGUGCCAAAGGUUGGUAGCUUAACCUUAGGGUUCCAGUUUCCUCAUAACAUGUAAAGUGUUUGAAAAUAUUGGAUAUUGCCUCUUUAAAGGCCCUUGAAAAACAUGUUCUGUCACAGAAAACUGUUUCAUUUCACUUUUAGAUCAGUUUAUUGUUUUGCAGUGUUUGACUUCUACAUGUAAUGUAGCAGCAAAUCAUACCUCAAUAACUCUGAAAUUCAAGUGAGCAGAAGCACAUAAGGUGUGAUAAUGCACUGAAAAAUGCAGGUCUUUGUAAAAAGAAAACACUAAAUGUUGCUAUAUUUGUCUUCUGUAAGUCUUUUUUAAGUUUAAAUUGUUCCCAGACAUUUAGAACUGCAAAUCUAUCCUUAAGUUCAAUGAGAAGUAUUAAAGUUGAACAAGAACCUGUUCAGAAGUGUGACUGUGUCAGUUAAACAUCCUUUUUAGUUUUUGGUUAUUCCCAGGUUUUUAGAACUGCAAUAAUGUUACAUGUAUUUGUAAAUACAUUUCCACAUGUAUGUGUACAUCAAACAUUUCCUGCUUAUCAAAUUGUGAACUUGAUAUGGGUUUCGCCGUCCACACAGUGAACUUGAUAUCACUUUCUCCGUCCACACAGUGAACUUGAUAUCGCUUUCUCCAUCCACACAGUGAACUUGAUAUCGCUUUCUCCAUCCACACAGUGAACUUGAUAUCGCUUUCUCCGUCCACACAGUGAUGUACAUGUAAUAACCAUCUCCACAAUAAUUGUACUUGUGUAUUACCAUUACUGUGUGUUACUCAGUAGUAAUCCUCUUUCCUGUCAAGUAAAGAUAUUUUAUUUAAUAAAUUCUUCAGAUUGUAGAAAUAUA